AUGUACGGCUUCGGCUUCAAGAGCAGUGGCGUGCGCCAGAUGUGUGAAGAGUUGAAUAGACUUCAUACGCGCCUCUUGAAAGCCGCGAAAGCGAGCUCUGAUCUCACAAUGGGCGCGUUGGGGCGCAAGUACAAUGAGCUGAAAUGUGACGUUGACCAUCGACCCGAGGUGGCAUUUUGUCAGGCAAUAAGUGCGCUCGUCACGUGUUUCCAGCAAAUCAUGUUUUUGUGCUCUGUGGAGAGCUUGCUGUCGAUAUACGGCAACGAGCUAGGAAUGCUGGGUGAUACUGAGACAGCUGUCAAAGAGCUGGGUCGAGUGCUCAUUGAACUGCGGUCUAUGAAAUCCCCGCGCGCGACGGCGUUCCGUGUCUCCAUUACUUCGGGACCAUCAGGCAUCGUGGUCGAGCUUCCGAUCAUUACACGUCGUGCGAGUGAAUACCUGAGCAUAGCAUGCAUCCAGUUCCAGGCCAGGACGCAGUAUCAGGGGCCAUUUUUUUGCCUCUUUUGA